ACUCUUAUUUUCCAUUGUUUAGGGAAAAAAGUUGGUCUCGGCCGUUGUCUAAUUUUAGUGGCGUUAUUCAUUUUAGUGACAGUAAUCUCUCGGAUUUUACUAAUUCAUGGCUUGCCUUUCGAAAUGGAUUAAUCUAGCCUCGUCUGGCAUUUCACUGGCAUCCCAAAAUGUUCCAGUGAUUCAAACCGUGACUGGAUCCGUCACAGCCGCUCAGAAGACAAAAUAUGACCGGAAUUGUUCGAGUGGACAGCGCAACACUUUUAAGUAGCUACAGGUAGCCUCAUCACGCUUUAACUCAGACACAUAAUUGGGAUGAAACGCUUCUUCCUGGGACGGCUGGAACAGGAGAGGUUUUAGCCGUCAGCCUCGCAGGCGCUCUCCUUAGCUCGCCUUCCAGAGGUGGCGCCGGCUGUCGAAGCCUCGGCGGGAGCGGGCAGGGCGGCCCACCUCCCACCCUUCCCUGGAGCCGGCCCUCCUCCAGCCGCCGCGUCCCGGGCAAACCGAGGGCUACAAGCGGCCGGGGCAGGGCUCCCGGGCGGGCUGCAGCCUGCCUCAGCGGCCGGGCGGGUGCGGAGCGGGGAUCGCGCCUCAGCUCCCCCGCCGCGGCCGCCCUCUCGCGCGCCGGCCGUUAAGGGCUGCCAGCGGCCGCGAGGACCGUUAAACCGUCCUGGGCCAGGGCCGCCUGAGGAGAGAGGGCCGGCGCGGGGCGGGGGGCGGGGGUGGGGAGACCUCCUGGGCGGAGGGGGUGCCCCCACGUCCUUAAGGGCAGGGGGUACUGGGGAAGCAUAGGUAGAGCUUGGGGAGGGACAGAUCCCCUUUGGACCUCAGCAGCUCGAGGCCGACCUUAGGCACCCCUCGGCACCCCUGAGAGCACCUGGGCUGUGAGCCCCUACCCUGCCCAGGCCGGCCCAGGCUGGCCCAGGCUGGCCUGGCACGGCUGGGGACUUGGACCCGCUGCCUCCCGCCCCGAUCGGGGCUCUCGCCCUGCCUUGAGGUUCUGCCUCUCUCCAGCGAGGAGGAGAGCUCCUUUGCAGGGGAGCUUAUAGAGGCACUGGUUUUACACAUUAAUAUACAGAUCUAUUUUCCAGUUGCACAGGAUAACUGCUUACCGAAUACGACGUUGUACUUUUUAUCAGGGAACGAUGACAAGCAACACACAAAAAUCUGAUGAAAAUAGAAGUAAACGUAAAAAAGAGAUGGAGAAUGAAGCUUCAGAAAAUCCUCUGUUGUCCUCCCUUGACAAAACAGAUUUGGCUUCUUCUGAAGGCUCGCAGUCACUUUACAAACCUGAACCACUGGAAAAAGUUUUAAAUGAGAUGAACAAAGAAAUUAUGAACUUGUUAUCAAAAUAUGCUCACAUUUUAAGUGAGAGAGCAGCGAUGGAUGCUUCUUAUGUCCAAGAACUUGAUGGAAUCUUAAAAGAAGCGAGGACCAUAGAAAACCAUUUAAAACAGAAAAGGGAGAGUCUGAAACAGAGAUUCACUGUGAUUGCAAAUACUCUGCAAAGCUAAACGGAGCUUGUUAGAUUGCAGAAAUGCAGAGCAAAACUGGUAGUAUAUUUUAUGUAUUAAAAUAUAAACUAUGAUGAGUGCUAUGAUGAAUGUUUCAUAAAUGUCUUACAUAAAUAUUUCUAGCAGUUCAGGAAAAUAUCAACAACUUAAGCAGCAACUUAUUUUUCAAAAUAAGUAGAUACAAUAAAUAGGGUAGUGGUAGUCAGUAAAAAACAAUAAUAAACAUCCACUUUAAAUCCUAUGACUCCAAGGGAUUUUACAUAUUAAAACAUCUUUUUUUACUUGUUGACCCGUUGCUUAGGCGGCCCCUAUGCUUCCAUCCCUAGAAAAUAUUGGAAGCAUUUGAAAAAGAAAGUAGAAUAAAUUUUGUAUUGCUUGGCUUUAAGGCUAUGGAAGUUCAAUACAACUGAAUUCAGAAGCAGCCAUGGUAUUUCUAAUUGUCACUGCUAAGGGAUGUUUUUUUUCUUUUAUUGUCACAACCAGUCUUUCGCUCUAGAACAUAGUACAGAAAUAUUUCUAUGAAACAUAGAAUUUUGCAAUAUAAGCGGAAAAGGACCUCAGAUUAUUUCAUAUUAACCAUCUUCUGUUUUUUUCUUUGUACUUUAGAAAAUGUUUUGGUGCUAAAAUCUGAGUAGAAUGUACUUGCAAUCUCAUUUCCAUUUUGCCUCAGAAUAUAAAUAGAUUGAAAAGAUCGGCUUAGAAAUAGGAGAGUUCUAUUAAGAAUACAACUUUGGGAAAUGUAUAAAGAGGUAUAAAGUCUUAAUUUGAAAAUAUAUUUUAAUACUUCUACAGCUUUUCAAAUGAAACCACGGCCUUUUUGAUAUAAACAUAAAAGCACAUCAUCAAAACUUUGCUGGUAAUGUCAAUAAAUAACUAGAUAAUGUUAACAUAAUCUAGAAUUACACUGCUUUUUUAUUUUGUUAUUUAGAUACUUCAGUAUUGUUUGCUGCAUAUCCAGUUUAUUUAAGGAUGCUUAUGGAGUUUUUUGAGCACCACUUCCUUCUUG